AUUUAUAUGCAGUGUCUAUUUUAACCGUGCCCAGUGCGUGCAUACGGCCGAGGACGCUGCAUCGGCCAGCGCGAAAUGUGAUUUAAAUGUCAGAAGAAGAAAAUAGAAAAUGAGGAAGGAGAUGGAAAAUAACGUAAAAACGAGAGGAAAGCACAUACGUUACAGAGAUAAAAGGAAGCAAGAACGAGUAGAGGAAGAGAAAAUAUUUAUGGCUCGAAGAAUAAAAGAAUUAUAUGUACAUACAUAUAAUGAUUAAUAACGUCGUGUGAAUUAAAGUUACGAAGCUACGUCCGUUUCGAUUCGUGCGUGAUACGCGCCUCGUUACACGCUUCCGGGAUGAUUUAAAAUAUCCAUGAAGGAUAACCUAGUGGGACACGCACUUCCUCGACACCAUAAGGAACCAGAAUUAGUCAUCCUGGAUGUACGAGAAUUCUAACCUCCUUCAUCGGAAUACAUCUCUGGCGAUCUCUCUCCUGGCAUUCUCUCCAUCUCUCUUUCUCUCUCUCUCGGCUUCGUUUUGGUGGCUCAAUCUCUAGAAUUCCGUAGCCACCUACGGCUCUGAAUAUCUUGACAGCUUGACUCCCGCCAGGAACACACACUCCCUGUACACGUGAACCUCUUCGCCGUGGCUCUAGUUCUCGAGGCUUGUCUCCCGCGAAAAAGUUUGCUGUCGCUCUGUUCAUUUAACGUCUAUGUCUCCUCUCGUCUCUCGCCGAUCAGUCGUGUUUUGUCGCGGAAGCCAACGUUCGCCGGCAGUGCGUAUUUAACUUUUGGCACGCGUUUUUGAACCUUGAAGUGACACGCGUCGAAUUUGUAUCUCAGUCUCGUACCGGGGACAGUGUGCUCUACAUAGAUCACGCACGUUCUAUACCAGUUCUGUUCGAUUCUAGUGACUUUUAUUGUGACGCGUUUCUUCGAUCUUUUUUCUCCUUUUUUUUCCCUUCCCUAUUCUACAUCCGUAUCUCUAGCCAAGAAAUACAUUCCAAUGUCACCAUUCCGAGUCUAGCCUAGUUCAGACGCUGUCUGUGUUUCCCUGUCAUUUCGUCCUUGCCACACUGAAACGUCCGGACGGUGCACGCGUUCGGACACGUGUUCAACCAUCUGCAGUAAACUUUUCCAGAGGAUGAUUUUCCUCGUCGUGAAUGAGGAUUCAGCCAGAAGAAAAAAUCCGUACGUAAAUUGCAAAGCAGGGUUGCGGGCAGUUCAGACAUGGGAAGUGAGCAUUACUGCCUGAGGUGGAACAAUCAUCAGAGCAACUUGCUGGGUGUGUUCAGUCAGCUACUGGAGUCGGAAUCGCUGGUGGACGUGACGCUGGCGUGCACGGAGGGACCCUCAAUACGCGCGCACAAGGUCGUCCUCUCCGCGUGCUCCAGCUACUUCCAGGCCCUGUUCCUCGACCACCCUAAUCGCCACCCCAUAGUCAUCCUCAAGGACGUCCGCUUCUCCGAGCUGCGCACCCUCGUCGACUUCAUGUACAAGGGAGAGGUGAACGUCGAGUACUGCCAGCUCUCCGCCCUGCUGAAGACAGCGGAGAGCCUAAAGGUCAAAGGUCUCGCGGACAUGACGAACAUCAAUGCAGCCGCAGCCUCCAGGGAGGAGCAGCACCUGGCUACGGAGGGUCAGAGGGACAGGGAGCACAGAGAGCGCGACAGGGACAGGGACAGAGACAAGGAACGGGACAGGGAACCCGUGAAGGAGUGCGAGCAACCUCAGCAACCACCUCAGCAGCCACCCAGUGAAUCCGUGGAAGCCCUGGACAUGACCGAGUGUCCGCCGUCGCCUACGGGCCCCGGCAGCCCGUGUCCGGGACCCCUGGCCCUCGACAGACCCAGGAGGGACUCCGAGGACGCAGCAAGCUUAGAAGAGACCAGAGGCUCCCUGAGUCCCAUUUCGGUUCACAGCGGGCCCAGCGACAUGAGUCUCAGUAACAACACCGGGGCCCCCGGGGUCCUGCCGCUCAAUCUGCCCCAGAGUCGACUUCCGUCCCCGCACAGUACGGAGCCCUUGGCAGGCCCUUCCGGGCUGCCCCCGGUUCAGCAGGUUCCUCUCUCCUUGAAGAAGGAGGUGGACUGGGAAAGGUCGACGGAGGAAAGAAGCGCGAGCAGCGAAAUAUCGACGGACUACAGACUCCCGCCUGAUCCGGUGACUUUGGCUCUUGGACUGGAGGUCGGCGGCUGGGGUGCCCUGGUGGAGCGAUCAGGAACCCACGGCGGCAGCAGCCUGCUGGGUCACGGUGGGUUCGCAGGGUUGGCAGGACUGGCCCGUCGCUGCGGCGUGUGUCUGGCGACAUUUCCGUCGGCCUGGUUGCUCGAGAGGCACGCGCUCCUUCAGCAUGCCGGGCAACCGUCGGACGACAAGCCGUUCACGUGCGAGCAGUGCGGACAGCGUUAUCGCUACAGAUCGGCCUACGUGAAGCAUCGGGAGCAAAAUCAUCGGGCUCGGCUGCCGGCUGACAAGCUCUUCACCUGCGACGUCUGCGGCAUGCAAUUCAGGUACCUAAAGUCAUUUAAGAAACACAGAUUAAAUCACGCCCUGGAGCGGCUCCAGAGAGGACCGGAGCACCAGGCCGGACCAGCCGAGAGAAGCGACCAGGUGUCCAGCACCGGUGAACCGUCUCAGAUGGAGACCGGAAGUGAUACCAAUCCCGGGGACGGUGAGGAGCGGGUUCAGGAGAUCACGGAGAACACGCGCGAUGAGACCGUCUCGGAGACAACGAGCGUUCAGGAUAAUCCGGAGGCUGCGGAGCUUCAAGUUGGUAGCGGAGUGGUCGGUACCGGCGAGACCAGCGAGAUCGGUGACGUAGACGAUGGCAACGUGGACGACGAGAGGAACGAACCCACCGACGCCAUCUUGGGUCUGAUACGUGGUCACGAUCCUGACCGGCGCGAAAGACGCUUCGCUUGUCCAUUUUGUGGUAAAUGCGUCAGGUCCAAGGAGAACCUGAAGCUUCACGUUCGCAAGCACACCGGGGAACGGCCCUUCGUCUGUCUCUUCUGCGGGCGGGCGUUCGGCGGUAAGAGCGACCUCACCAGGCAUCUUCGUAUUCACACCGGCGAGCGUCCUUAUCAUUGCGAAAUGUGCGGCAAGUGUUUCGCCCGCGCCGAUUACCUCUCGAAGCAUCUCACCACGCAUAUUCAUCAGCGCUAAUAAUAACGUUAACGAUCUUACGAGCGAGCCAGGGACGGGUGAUAAGCGCGAGAUGCCUGGUGCAACGGGAAGGAGGAGGAUCCUGAAGGCGAACCGGAGGGGGAAUGGCUAAAGAGCGAAAUGCAAAAUUUUUCGUGAAAAACAAAAAUUUUUCGAGCACGCGACCGACGGUGAGAGACAAAAUUGAGAUAAUUAAAAAAAAAAAUGAAAGAAAAAGGAAAAAAAAAGGAGAAAAACGAAUCGCAUCCAUCCAGCCCAAAUGGCCCAGAAGAAGACGCGUCAAUUAGCACACGGGCUACGUAAGACGGUACUAAUCCCUGUAACGUUUCUUCGCGUUACGACGUAUUGGGGAUUCGCCAUAUUAAAAAAAAGGAAAAACCCACGCCGUACACCACAGAGAAGGUUUACCAUAUUAUGCUAGUGAGAAUAAUUUGUGAUAAGGAUCUAAACCAAAGAAACGCGACGACGCGGCAGGCGAAACAACGGUGUCAAGCUUUUUCUUUCCUGAAGAGUGAUAUAAUAUAGUAGGCUAUCCACAUAUAUAUUUGAAUAUUCGUAACGAUAAUGAUAAUUUUUCUAUGCGCGGUCCAUACAAUGGCGCCGCGACGAUUAGUGGUUAGGACGACGUCCAGGUGGAGACGCCGCAUAAGCGACGUGUGCAUGGAACGGAAGGAUCCCAAGUCCUUCUGGACAGUGUGCCGGUGCCUUUGAAAUCCCGAAUCCUUUAUAAUAGAUAGCAAUAAAUUUCGUUUCUCUCUCGGUCCUCCUUCCCGGAAUUGGGUUCGUAAGUUACACGGAUUCUCGCGAGAGGCGCUGUGAACACCAUCUUCAUCAUUAUCAUCGACUAUCGCCACGAAUUAUUAUGGUCAUCGAUAAGGACCAUCAUCAACCGCCAAGAUCCUCUACUCGCUCGCUUCUGUACAAAGCUUCCCUAUUUUAUUGUCCGUUUAAAUCGUUACCAUAUAAUAGAGCUAAAUGUGUGCACGUUCAAGUCGCUCAGCGCGUUGUUACUAAUAGACACUUUUUAUGAUAAUGUAUAUAUAUACACACAUUUAUUAUAUGUAUGCGUAUAUAUAUAUAUAUAUAUAAUCUUAAAAUUUCUGCUCCUCAAUGCUCGCGCGUUACUGGAAGCAAGAUAAACGAAGUUGAAUAAAGGUGCUACCUAAGGAUUAAGGUCGAUCGUGACGUACCGGCCGGCAAGAAGCACUUCUACAAUGUUUAUGUUUAAAACGUCCACCGUGCCAAAUUAUGAGAUAAAAAUGCUAGUUUCGAUCUACGGACAAGAGGAACGUAAGCAAGGAAAAUGGAGUUUCAAGACGAGAGGAAACGCGCAUGCGCGAGAAAUGUCAAGCGUCCAUUAUUCGAGGAUCCCUCCAAGAAGUCAAGACAAACCGGCUCGGUGCACGCGUGAAGACCAAUUAGUAUGUUUAGGAUAAUUUGAAGGGAAGAGAAUAUAAGAGUUAGGAUAGCGUAUUGAGAGGAAACAUACGGAAAUGGGAAGAUCUCGAGGCAGCGGCGUUUAUUCGGCGCUAUUUUUAUUUUCCUCGUGCGCUUUUGUUCUCUCUGUCACUCUGUCUCUCUCUCUCUUUCUGUUACGCGAUACCUUCCCGUCAUUUGCCUUUCUCUCUUUCUUUCUCACGCCGAAGCUCCUCCCAUUUUCGUCAGUCGUUGACAAAGGAUACACUCGCGGUAAAAGUGGGUGAAAGAAGGAAAACUAGAAAACAAAGUGUGAGGCCACUGCAAAGGGAAAACACGUGUGCAACGAACAGGAGCGACCUCGUAGGAACGAGAAACGACACACGUAAGUCGACCUAAGAUUCCUCUUUUCACGCUUCUCGUUCUUACGCCAUUGCAUCGAAUCAUUUUCAUGAAAUGCAACGAAGCAAUCGUUUUACGAAACAACGAAAAACUGAACGGUCGUUACGUUGCUCCUCGCGCUGCUAAACAAUUCCGUGGCGCCUGGCGUGUCGAAUGAUUUGACCGUGUUACGCUCCAAGAAACGGAACGAGUAAUAUAUAAACGACACACGUCCACGACAUUUCCACAUAAGAUGAUCUAAAGAAAAUGAUUGAGUCUCAACUUACCCCCUUUCUGUUACAUCGACUCUGCCGAAUUCCGAGCUGUUCCGAAAAAGGUUAAAGAAAAGUAUCCUUCUUACAAAAUGCACGGUCGCCAUCGCGCAUCAAACUCUUUUAUUACUGACACGUACAAGCUACUCUUUUACCUGAGAACGAGAUAAAUAUAUCUCGUCUUAUUUAUUAACCAAGUCCGCCGAUUCGUCUCGUGGUGAGAAAGAACGAGCAAAUGGACAGUAAACGUAUAUAUUGUGAAUUUCAUACAAUCGUUGCCGUCGAUAAUGGCGACAGCAAACAAAAUCCCGAAAAUACUUUUACACAAUCCCGAGUGACGAUUGGCCACAGCGCGAGACUCGAUACUUCCAUUUGGAUACAAAUCACACGACAAUCCAGUUGGGUUAAAUUGACAGUUGAACAGCCCGAGUGCGCGCGCACGUCCCUACCUACGGGUACUGUCAGUUAUACCAAUGCAAUACCAAUACCAUACAAACGUGAAAAUUCCCUAGAAUUUAAUUCUCUAAUAACUCAUCGCAGCCUGAUCAAUUUUUUAUUACAAGAUAGAAAAUAGUACGCACAGUAAUAGCACAGUACCUACGUGGCGCUGCUGUCGCGUCAAAACCUUCCAUUUAACUUCUUUGAAUGUCUUUUAAGUUUCUCGCGGGAUUAUACCCAUUACUUUUAUCACAAAGGGCCAAUGAGUACAAAAGACGUCGUUUAAUUAGAACGGGACAGGCUUGGUAUUAAGGGAUUAUCAUUUGUCGUAGUGCCUACUUAGAAGGCAGCGCUUCAGUUCUAUUUUUACGUUUAAUUAAUAACGUCAUGGCCGUCAAUUUGCUCUUGCAGUUUUACUCGAUGCUGGUGCCGCGGCUUAUUCUUUCUCUCUCUUUUAUUCUCCCAUGCGUUUUUAGACGGUCUAGUAGAAAUUUUAUUAUUUUAUUUCUCUCUUACUCUCUCCUCGCUUUCUUUCUCUCUCUCAACUUUCCUACCGCAUGUAUACCGUCAAUGGAACGCCUUCGAAAGAACUCUAGUUAGCCGCCAUAAUCGUUAUACGAAAAAUCUUGACUGUCGAUUGGAUUGACUAUUAAUAGGGUGUCCUUAAUUUUGAACGCCUCAAUUUAAUGCAGGACAGCCAGGCGUUAUGGAAUAUACGGGCAUUUUAAACCACGGUUUAAAAUUAUAGCUACCUAUACAACACCAAGUAAUAUAUAUAUAAAUUCUAAUAUAUGUAUAUUGUAUAUAUAUAUAUGAGUAUAUAUAUAAUAAUUAUAUAUAUGAAAAUAUAUUUAAUGAAUGUUCCUAUAUUUAUACUAUAAGUAUAUAAUAAGUGUACUAGAUAAAUAUUCGAUGGUGAUUUCAGGUUUUUACCAAAAAUGAAAAAAAAAAGUUGUAUGUCUGUCUAGAUUGUAGAAAGGUGGGAUGUUAGCACUGGAAUGGAAAUUCUGUGAAUCAUACAAGUUGAACCCAAAGGAGAAACGCGAUGAUAGGGAAUAAUAAUACAAGAGAAAAAUGAAAAAGCAGGUCGCGCAAGGUGAAGGCGAGGCGAGGGUCUUCCUACAUUGACUGAACGAUCAGAUGUGAUAUACGCGUAAGAAAUAAUUAAUGAUUAUUUACCAUAAUCGUAUAUAUGUAAUUAAUAUUACUAGUAUGGUUACGAUAUACAAACAUUAUAUCUAUAUAUUGUGUAUAGGUAGAUAGGGACGUAUACAAUGUUUUUAACUGGUUUAUCGAUGUUCCGAGGAUAUAUGCUAAGUGUAUUUAGGUAGCAGGACGUGGUUGACGCUCGAUUCAAUACGAAGUAUCGCGAAUUGUCCUUUCUUUUGAAUAUCAAAUGUUAUAUAUUAUUGAAAAAGAAAAACAAGGAAAAUUACUCGUCUACCAUAAUUCGCGUUUUGGCCAUACAUAUAUAAAUUUUCCCUGGCCGUUUCUCCAAGCGAAAGAAACGUCUCACACACUUGCUCAAGAAUACCUUAAUUUUAUUAACAAAAAGUACUAUGCUGUAAUUAUUUAUAUUUAUUGUUAUCGAUAAGUAAUACAUAAUAUUAAGUUUCUGGGAUUCGCGAUAUUCGUCGGAGUGUCGAUGCUGCGCAGCCUGGUGGCAAAAAUUGAAAGCAGAUAGUCAUUUCGUGCUACAACGUAAUGUAAUGUGUAUGUACGUUGACAGUGGGCAGUGAGUUCUCGUUCUGGAAUAUGGUGGAAUUAGUACGAGAUCGCAAUUUACUCGCGUGUUAAUCAGUUAAUCGAAUCGAACAACGAAUCAGUGAUCGGAGUGAAUGGCUUUUAUAAUCGUGAAGACGAGGUUGCGCCAAGCGUUAGAUGAAUCGCGUCCGAGACAACAAAGGCGAAGUUUACAGUGACGUAUAACUACGUGAAUCGGGCGAAGGCACAAAAAAAAGACGGCAUGAGAUUUCACGUUCCGUGCAAUAAUAGUUUGCUCAAUCCUCGGUGUCCGUCGUUUCCGUCCGUACGGGACGACUACGUAUUGUAGGUUAUGUGCGAAUUAGUGACAGUGUUAAUAGCAAGUGGGAUAGGAUUAAUAGGCCGACAUUAAAACGUAGCCGAGUUAACUUUCUUCCCCUUUCUUCUCCAUUUCCAGUCUCGAUGUUUUCGAUGUCUAUUCUAAAGCGAAACAAAAAGAACAAAAAAAAUUGCAUUACUAAAUAACCCCUUUAUGUAGGUAUAACGUGGAACUGUCGUUUCCUUUUUUUUCUUCGUCUUCCUCAUCUUCUACUACCUACUUAUUACUGCUACAGCUACUACUACUGUUUACCAUUACUAUUGCUACUAUUACUAUCGUUAGUACACUUUUUCUAUCGUCGUUUGAUAAGAUAGAGAAAAUGAGAAUUUAGAAAACACAAUACACAGCGUGGUUGCAAAAUAAAUCCACCGCGACUUCCAUAAAUGCAACGAGCGUCGCAAGCGAUACUUUUUAUUCGCUCACAGUGAAAUCGCCCUUCGUUGUCGUCGACGAUAAUGGGAACACAUAACUUUUGUACCUAUUCGAUAAAUCAUCCUCCAUAUUACGACAAGAUACAAAGGCACAAGGAAUGGAAAACAAAAACAGUCAGGAAAUGAUGAACGACGAAAACAAACCCGACGAUCGCGCCGACGAAAAGCGGUUAAACGAAAAGAGAAAAAAUAAAAGAAAUGUAUCGUCGGCGACGCGGACUACAACGAUAACUGAGGACGGAAACAUGAAGACAAAAAACCAAAAGUGCAAAUAUUCUAAUAAUACAAUGACACAGGCGUCUUCCGUCAACGAUAUUCCUAACCCCUUUAUUUUCCACGCUAAUUCCUUCCCUUCACGUCAAGCCAAAAGGACGUCGACGUCCACGAGCGAACGAGGCUCGAAAUUUUACACAACACGAACCGACGUCGCGCGUCGUUUUCUUGGUCGUCGGCGUUUCUAUCUGUCUGCAUAUUGACAAACGCAAACGAUUUUGCAAUCACCCUGCCAAUGCAAGGAACUUCGGUGUGGCCGUGCACUAUCACUGUUUAUCGUACCUACAUAAAUAAAUAAAUAUAUAUAUAUAUAUAUUAUAGAGCAUAUUCAGACGUACAGCGUAAUCGGACGAGUCAUAAUUAUUGUGGCCCGGUGCGUAAUAAGUAAAUAUAAGUAAAUGUCGCCGGUCCGAUUCGUCGCGUUGCGUAAUAUCGCAACACGACGUGAAUGUUAGAGAUAUUUUUCAACUUGUACUAAAUGUGAUAAUUGAAGAAUUGACAAUGAGCAAUCUAAUUGUAAUAUAAAUAUUAAUAUGAUAUAUCGAUGUCUAUCGUACAAGCCGUGAAUAGAUUUUAACAGUUAUAGCUAUAGGUACGUGUUAGCUCGUAAAUUAACGAUUAAAGGAUAUAACGGCCGGGAGGGUGGCUGGUUUAAGGGUCGGGUUGGGUUUUUGAAUGGGUGGGUCUUGUCUUCUUUUUUUUUUGUAUAGGGAGGGUUGGGUGGAUGGGGUUAAGGAGAGGAGGGAUAUAUUAUAAUUUUUAAUUCAACGUGAAAGGAAAAGAUUUAAUAUAUACCGUACGCCGUCUCAGAUCUGUCCACAAUGCUGCGUCGCGACGAGUCGCUCGAGCGGCAAGUGUUCGCCAAACGAUUGAUCGCGAUCGAUUUAUCGAUCGUUUCCAUUAAUUGCGAAUUAUGUGUAUACGUUCGCGGCUCACGACUCGCUGACGAAACGCUUUAGGACCCGUCGCGACCGAGCGCGUAAAGUUUAAAAAAAAAGUACUAUAACUAUUAUUACCGGUACAUUUUACAUUAUAACCGAUUGUUGUCUACGAUAUAAUGUUAUUUUUCUAAUUCAUAUUCAAUUGUUAUUGUUGAGGACGAGCACAUCGAAUUUUAGACGAAGAAUGUAUUGCAAUUCGGUUGCUGCCUUCUCGAAAGUCGCAGCGAAAAAUAUCGAUGGGCGACAUCCAUGCGGAAGGAUGGAGGGUACCUCGUGCUCGUCGCCACGUGUGUAUCGGCCUUAAAGCCGCUCGUUUAAUUCUUCCCACUGAUUAUGCCUAGUUAAAUUUACCAAACGGAUAUUACGUGUUGAGAUAGAAAAUAAAUGUAACGCAAAAACGAACAAAUAAAACGGCAACGAAUUACACAAAGCAUAUAUAGGUAUAACGUACGAGAUAUGAGAAAACGGCCUUGACCGUUGAGAUAUUUGAAUUAUUUUCUUUUCUCUUAACGCUUAUGGCGCAUACACACGCGCAUGCGCACGAGUUACACAAGGCGGUGUAGAUGAGUAUUCGUAAAAAAAAAUCUCGAUUUGAAAGUUGCAUAAGCGCAAAGCCUUGGUCGACGCGUCGGCUUACGACACUGCUGCUGCGGACUCCUAUUGUAUUUUUUGUAAGGCCCAUUUUGCCGCAUUGUGAUAAACAGUGUCCGCAACAACAUCGGAGAGAGCUAACGCCGACGCGUCGUCCGUUUAGCUGGAAUGGCGUCGUUGACGUCCCGCGUGUCGUGUCGAAGUAUGGCACGAUUAAGUAAGGUUACCUCGGCGAUGGUGGACGGAAGACUUUUUGUCCAGGUUAAAAUUCGCCGUUACCCUUAAAGAAAUUCCAACGUGUUCAGUGAUUCCGGACAAAGAUAUGAAUUUUCUUGAAAGAAUAAAGGAUGGAAGAGAAAGAAAAAAGAAUUUUGAAGAAUAAAAACCUCUUAAAUUACCUUUUCGUUGUCUUCCUUCGCCUUACUGACUUUUGAGUUCCUAUCUCUUACUUCUGGGAAUAAAUAAAAAUAUCCUCCGUCUUCCCAUCGCCGUGUUAACCGAGGUACCGAACAAAUGUACGGGCGGUGAGACUCGUUCUGCCUCUUCGAAGAUAUAAAGGUAAAAGAAGAAAGAGUUAUAUGUCAAAGAAAGAAUGAAAAAAAUGGAGAAUUAAAAGAUUGAAGUAAUUAUUAAGCGUCGUGGCAAGCACGGGUCUUACUUCCUGGUGGUCUGUGAUUUAGAAGAGUUUCUGAGACUGCGCGAACAAGGCUGAGCUACUAUCUUUUUCGUGAACACUUUUAAACUGCAGAUGUUAAAUGGUAUGAGUCUGGUCUGUCUGUAUGUCUCUCUGGUCCCUGGUAUCUGCGAUGCCAAAGAUAAAGUCAUGUAGUAUGUAAUGCUAAGUUAGAAUGACGAGGAUGAUGAUUGUUAUUAUUAUCUUGUAACGUUUAACGUAUAUCAGUGUCGUGCAAAGAGCGGCUGAGCUCCUCGGUGUUGUGGGUAUACAUACUAGUUCCUAGCAACUCGUAUGACGAUUACUACUCAUACUACUCAUAACAUUGCAUUGAUCUACUUUACUCUACUUACUCUAAUGAUAAAUAAAUACAUUCUGUCCAACCUCAA